AUGGUGCAAAUGACUAGGCGUGGUAUCAGAACCAGACUUCCCAACGACUUUAUUCCCGAAAAACACACUGUACUCUGUGGACGAGGCAAGGAGUACACCUCCUCCACUGGUAACCAACACUUAAAAUCGCUUGUCCACAAGUAUCUCCAGCCAUAUUCCGAAGCCAAAAGCAAAGUUGCCAAAUCUUCGGUUGUGUCCGAGAUCAUGGGCCAGAUCAAGGGUUUAUGUUCCGAUGCAGCCUUUGUCAAACUUGAGAAGGAUGCUUGGUGGGAGGUUGACGAUGCUUUUGCUCGAGAAAAGAUUGGAUGCAUGUUCCGUGAUACCCUACACACAAAGUACCGAUCAAGCACCAAGGCAAAGUUCGCAAGGAAGAAGGCCAAGGAAACCAAAAGUAGAAGUGAUUCUUCUGCUUUCUCUUUGUCGAGUAUGGCCGACGAGAGUGUGCAGAGUAUGGUCUCCACGCUAUCAAGUUCAUCAGCAGAAACUUGUUAUUCCUCCGACUAUGCCGCCGAGAUCUUUGAGCAAUCAUGCUUAAUGAACGCCCAGAAAGCCGAACCAACAACUUUCAAGCCAAUGGGUGACUACUACUCAUUGCUUUCUAGCUACUUGACGUUCGGUCCAAAUCAAGCUGUACAACAGCCGCAACAGCAGCAGCCAAAGAAGUUGUGCAACCCUACCGACUUUUGCGUGAUGCCAAUGAGACCGCUUUCAAAUUCGCAGCCUGUACAAUUGGACGAUAUCCCAGAUGAUCUUUCAGGGAUCUUCGACGACUUUUAG